AGUCCAUAUUCUAAAAGUAAGUUCACCAUAGCAAGAGUUCUGGCAGAUAUCAGCUACACAGAAAAUGGAAGUAUAUCUGAAGCGCAGUUACUGAAGGCAUCAUAUUUCUAUGAGCAACUUCCUUCUCUGGUGGAUCCUUCAGACAAUGUAAGUGAACAGAGGCGUUGUACAUACCUCCAUAUCCUAAACGUUUAGGGGUUCUUAACGAUAACAGCACAUAUCAGUGUCGAAGAUAACAGCACUUAUAUCACACUUGCGUCGGUUUUCUUUGUUCGUCCGAGGUUUAUAACUAGCUUAUAGACCUUGAAUAAAUGAUUGGAUUAAACUUGUAGACAAAACGCGAGAAUUUUUCAUUAAAAAUUUUUGAAAAUGACAAAAUAUGUUGGAAAACUUCCGCAAGUGUGAUAUAAGUUAGUUAUAAACCGAGUAAGUCGGUUUAUAACUGAUUAACAUACCGACUUACUCGGUUUAUCGGGAUUUGAACUCGUUAACAUGACCGACUUACUCGGUUUAUAACUAACUUAUAUCACACUUGCGGAAGUUUUCCAACAUAUUUUGUCAUUUUCAAAAAUUUUUAAUGAAAAAUUCUCGCGUUUUGUCUACAAGUUUAAUCCAAUCAUUUAUUCAAGGUCUAUAAGCUAGUUAUAAACCUCGGACGAACAAAGAAACCUCCUACUCGGUUUAUAACUCUUACAUAUCAGUAGCGAUGGCGUGCUGUAAGGAGCUCUGUGAUGAGCUCUCUGAUAAAACCGAUAUCUUUCUGAAUUUAUCGACAACGAGUUUGAUUGGUUUUUUCGGCCAAAAGAAAAACAAAUUAACAUGGAGUGGAACCCUGAAUGACUUAAAAACAUUUGUGUCAACAAUAAUCGAUGAAAAAGCCGCAGAAAGUUCCGUCUGGCGAUCACCAAGCGGCGGCAAGUGGUGUUUCACCUGCGAAGAUCUUGAGAUUACGUGACACUCGAAGAGUGGAGCAAUAAUUUUUGACGGAGUCAAAGCGGGAAAUUUGGUAAAGCGAAUAAAGGAUAUCCUCUCAAAGCCAGACGAUGCGGAGAAGACUAUCAAUAGCGAUCUGAACAUGGAAGCGAAUACUGAUCGAGGUUCGUCACGCAUCAUUAAAAACGAGGUAUCUAGUCAUAACAGUACUUGCUCUGUAGUUAUAGAGGGUAUAAAACUUGAGAUGGUAAUUUGGAAACCCGGCUACUCAAUACCAUAAAGGAGAAUAAGUCAGACAUUUGCUCGCUUAAAUUUAAAGUCAAAGAUCUAGAAGGUGUCAUCCGACAUCAGGAUGACGCAAUUCUCAAGCUCUCAGAAGAUAAUUUAAUUUUAAAAUCUAAAUUAUCCUCUUUUGAAAACUUAACUUAUAAAGUAAUCUGCCAUGACCAUGUGAAUAAUGAACGUGCUAAUGAGUCUGCCAGUACAACCCAGGUUAAUGACCAAUGUGGAUUCCACGACAAAGACCAACUGACUAAUUUGAAUGCCAACAAUUCGAGGUUUAUUGAAACUUCAACCAAGGAAAACCCCUCUUUGCUUAAUGGUACACAAGUUCCGGAUCCCCACGAAAAGCAGCGCUUGACAAUAGAUCUAGCUACCCAGCGGAAAGAACGCAUUAACAUAAUGACUAAUGUAGUUAAUGACCAAUGUGAAUCCCAAGAUAAUGACCAACCCACUAAUCUGAGUAUUAACAAUCCAAGUUUUAACGAAAUUUCAACUAAUGAAAACCGCUCAUUGCUCAAUAGUACACAAGUUCCAGUUUCUUAUGACAAUCAGCGCGUGACAAUAGACCUAACUACCAAACCGAAAAAAGGGAUUAACAUAAUAUACAAUCCACAACCUGACAACGAGAAUAACUUGGGCAAUAAUCGACACCCUCGUGCAAAGCACAACACCCCCUGCCCAUUCCUUAGGCGCCGAGGGUGGUGCACAAAAGGAAACCGAUGUGAUUUCAAACAAACAGAAACAUUUGGUACCCUGUCCUUUCCUACAAAAGCGACGCUUCUGCCUUAAGGGCACUAGGUGCGAUUUUUCUCAUUGCGCCACUUUUCCUCAUAGCAUACAGCCAAUAAGGCCUAUCAAAAACUAUUUUACUCCUCCGCAUUUUUACGACAAUCGACAGCCUAUAGUCCCACAACAAAGAAAACACUGGUCCGAUUACAAUCAAAGCGUUCAAUGGCACCCCAAUGGACCGGGGCUUUUCAAUCUCCCCCGAAACCGCUAAUGGAAACCCCUUUAUGCCUUCCCUACACGUUCCAAGUUCUCCCCUAUUGCAGGGCACGGUAUGCAGAAACACUGGUGUAAUCCCUGUCGUUAGCGCUAAUACUCACAAGAUCCCUGUGAGAAUUACUAACAACCGUGCAAAAACCGUCGUUAACCACAUUAAUAAUCAUAGACAACUGAAAUUAGUCAGUACUUCAAUACAUGACCAGGCCAUGAACCGAAACAACAUAUCAAGAUUACCGAGUUUUCUUCUUAUAAAUGCUCGCUCACUGUUACCCAAAAUAGACGAGCUAUCCCUCUUACUAUCAAUACAUUCUAUAGAGUUUAUUGCUGUAACUGAAACGUGGCUCAAUGAUACUGUUCCUGAGCAACUAAUUUACAUAAAUAAUUACAACAUUUUUCGCAAUGAUAGAUCUUACAGCCGUGGUGGGGGUGUCUGCGCUUUCAUCUCGACAAAUAUCCCAGCUAAAAGAAGAAUGGACCUUGAAAACCCCUCUCAUGAAUGCUUAUGGUUAUGGCUGCGACCCCACCGCCUCCCAAGACACCUAACUGGAUUAACUGUUGUGUCCUAUAUAACCCGCCUGUUACACCAGUCAAUGAGCAAAAGGAAUUAACGGCCUAUCUCAUCGAUCAGAUUGACCGAGUUAGAUGUACCCACCCCGACUGCUGUGUUGUCUUACUCGGUGAUUUCAACAAUUUAGAUAUUAGCGAUCUCCUGUGCCAUCACAAUCUUACGCAAAUAGUGGACACCCCAACGCGUGAAGGUAACAUCUUGGAUCUAAUUGUUACUAAUCUAGAAGCCUUGUAUUCUAAGCCUGUGAUUAUAGCACCGCUCGGCUCAUCAGAUCACAACAUUGUUAAAUGGUCCGUGAAAACUAACGUUUUAAGAACAGAUAAUAAAACAAUUAAGGAAAACAUACGUUCCUUCCCCAUGUCGGCACGUGCAGCUUUUGGAAGAUGGUGCUGCUCACGUGAGUCGUUCUCUGAUGCCGAAAGCAAAAACUCUGCGACCGCCCUAGCGUCCUCCUUUACCAACGAGUUAAAUUAUAAUGAUAGGUUAUUCCCGUCUAAGGUUAUUAGAAUUCAUAACUCUGACAAAGUGUGAGUGAAAAAGCGUGCAUAUUACACGAACAAGGUACAACACCUUAAAUCCAGUGACUCCAGAAAAUGGUGGGACUGUGUUAACCAGAUGUCUGUAAAAAAAAGAUCUGCAACCAAUAACAUUAAGAUCGUUAAGAAUGGUACCACUCUAUCUGGUAAAGAUCUCGCCCAAUCACUUAACACCUAUUUCUUAAGCGUGAGUAAUGACCUACCACCACUGAAUCCUCUCCUGCUACCUGCCUUUCUCCCUGCACCUAGGCCUGUACCAAAAAUUUUCCCUGACGAAGUUUGCACUAAGAUGCUCAAUACAAAAGUUUUCAAAUCCAGCGGUCCUGACAAUAUUCCUAACCGGAUUAUUAAGGAUUUCGCGUACGAAUUGGCCGAACCUGUAUGUCACAUCUUUAAUACAUCUCUGUCCACUGGUGAAUUCCCUAACAUAUGGAAAGAUGCGUUAAUUACACCAAUUCCUAAAGCGCCAUCCGUAUCCUGUGAGGAGGAGUUGCGCCCAAUCUCCCUUACAGCCUCUUUGUCCAAAAUUCUUGAGGACUUUGUGGUCAAUUGGAUGGUGGAUGACGUGAAACAUAAAAUCAACCCGCAACAAUUUGGUUGCCUUAAAGGAACCUCUACAACGUUUUGCUUGAUCGAUAUGAUCAACAAUUGGCUAAGAACAUUGGAUGAUAAAUCGAGCUAUCUGCGGAUCGCUUUCCUCGAUUUUAGUAAAGCGUUCGACCGCAUCGACCAUAAUAUCGUAGUCCCAAAGUUGCUGGCCCUUGGCGUCAGAUUGUCGCUUAUUCCAUGGAUAUGUAGCUUUCUCUCAAAUCGCCGUCAAUCGGUAAAGAUCGACAAUUUCCAAUCUGAUUGGGGCAUCAAUAACGCAGGUGUUCCUGAAGGAACUAAAUUGGGCCCUAUUUUGUUCAUAAUUAUGAUCAACGAUCUUGAACUGGCAUCCUCUAGCACUGACCAUUGGAAAUACGUGGAUGACGUAACAAUAUCGGACUCCUUAAAGAAAAAUGAAGUUUCAGUCCUACAAUCUGAUCUUAACACAAUUGAAAGAUGGACUGUUAAUAACAACAUGAAAUUGAACGGAAAGAAAUGCAAAGAAAUGAGAGUGAGUUUCGCCCGUAGCGAGAAUGACAUCCCCCGACUCCUCAUUGAUGGUUUACUUCUAGACUUAGUUCCUUCUUUCAAAAUUUUGGGCUUAACCAUGAACAAUAAAUUGAAAUGGCAAGAUAACACUGAAGCGUUAGUUAAAAAAGCCCCAAAACGCUUAUACAUUAUUCGUGUCCCCCAAUGACCUCUUAUUAGUCUACUUUUCUAUGGUGCGCUCUAUCUUAGAAUAUGCCUGUCCUGUUUGGCACACCAUGUUACCAAAGUGUUUGGGGGAUAAAAUUGAAAAAGUUCAAAAAAGAGCUUUCCAUAUUAUUUAUCCGACAACAGAUUACGAAGAUGCUCUCAACAUCGCUAAAUGCAAGCGCCUUGUCGACAGACGUCAAGAGCUAUGUGCUAAAACUUUCAAAAAGAUCUUAAAACCCGAUGCCCACCUCAAUCACCUCUUACCCCCACCCCGUGAAGAAUCGCAUGAACUGGACUUAAGAAACAAUUCUAACUUCACAUUAGCUAAAGCAGAACGGAACGUUUUAAAACUAGUUUUAUACCAGCAAUGACUGCUAAUUUUAAUAGUAAAUAAUUUGUAGUAUUUUAACAACUGUACAUAUAUACGAUAUAUCUAUAUUUAUAUUAUUUGAUAUUCAUCCUUUAUUAUGUUUCUGUAAGCAUAUUGCAAUUCACCUUCGGGUGCCAAAAUGUUUUCUUAAUAAACCUUUAAUAAUAAAAAAAAAGAUAGUUACCCUGGUAAAGUUUAAUAAUUUAAAUAAUCACCCUAUGCAGUUAUUAAUAUUCACUGUUAAUUUGUAAUGGUAUAGCUUAACAGCUUAGUUUUUCCCGGUUCAUGCACUGGUUUGAAAAAUAUAUUUAUUUAUUGAAGUUAUACAAGCUUUCGAAUCCCACACUUAACAAAACUAAAGACUGAAGAGAUUGGUAAUUAAAAGCUCGUGGCUUGAAUAAAUAUUUGAAACCAGAAAACGCAGAAAACCUUAAUUGCAAAUAAUCUUGCGCAGUGUAACAUGAUGUCACUCACGAACUGUCCAAAAAAGAAGCUUCUCAAACGUCAUUAAUAAUUGAUGUGCUAAGCACAAAGGAAACCAGCACCGUAUCGUUGUCUUGAUAAUGCACUGCCUAUUAACACUCAAGCAUUAACGCCCGUAUUCUAAAAGCUCACUCACACUCAAUGAGUGGAGGUUCAAUUGGAGCUUUUCUCGAGUGUCAUUUCUGUUUUUGAAUAGCUGGAGGGUUAGUGCCAUACCGUACUAUGUGACUGCUCACCGUCCAGCUAUUCAAAAACAGCAUUGACACUCAAAGGAAGCUCUGAUUGAACUUCCACUCAUUGAGUGUGAGUGUGAGUGAGCUUUUAGAAUACGGGCGUAAGUCUCGAACAUUCUGCGCAAGUAUAGGUAGCGACGAUAACAAAAUAGCUGGGGGUUGACAGAGAUACAACUGCCUGAAAAAUACAAGCAGAACUUUCCACGUUUCGAACGAAGCCCUUUGGCUACUAUAAGUUUCCGACAUUUUCCUUAUUUUUUUCAGGUAGUUGCAUCCAUACCAACGUAAACUUGUGCAUACUACACUGGCACAAACAGUUCAAGAUUAAGAUAAUAUAAACUCCAAAACUGUUUGUUACCAUCCGGCGGCGUAUAUCAAACACCUCAAAGAAUGUGAAGACAUCUUAACUAGAGCCUCAACACACUUUUCGGUAUUCGAUAUUUCAUCAGUACACCUGCAAUAAACGCCUUUUUCGUUAUCAUAUAUUCGUUAUCAUAUAUAUACAGACGGUACCGUUUCGGCCUUAUGGGCCUCAUCAGUGUAGUGCUGAUGAGCAGGAUGAAAGUAACUGCUAUUUACAGUUACCUUUGAUGCCUCACGAUUGUGGGACAUCAAAACCAUGCCAGAGCGCUCAAACUGCAAGCAGUGAGCGUGCGCAAUGCGUAAGCGGCAUGGCUCAUCCUGUAGCGCACUCGAUAUGACCUAAAGGCCAUAGAGCGAUAUCUAACUACAGACGGUACCAUCUCGGCCUUAUGGGCCUCAUCAGUGUAGUGCUGAUGAGCAGGAUGAAAGUAACUGCUAUUUACAGUUACCUUUGAUGCCUCACGAUUGUGGGACAUCAAAACCAUGCCAGAGCGUUCAAACUGCAAGCAGUGAGCGUGCGCAAUGCGUAAGCGGCAUGGCUCAUCCUAUAUAUAUAUAUAUAUAUAUAUAUAUAUAUAUAUAUAUAUAUAUAUAUAUAUAUAUAUAUAUAUAUAUAUAUAUAUAUAUAUAUAUAUAUAUAUAUAUACUAACUACAGACGGUACCGUUUCGGCCUAAUGGGCCUCAUCAGUGUAGUGCUGAUGAGCAGGAUGAAAGUAACUCUUAUUUAUAGUUACCUUUGAUGCCUCACGAUUGUGCGACAUCAAAACCAUGCCAGAGCGCUCAAACUGCAAGCAGUGAGCGUGCGCAAUGCGUAAGCAGCAUGGCUCAUCCUGUAGAGCGCUCAAUAUGACCUAAAGGCCAUAGAGCGAUAUCUAACUACAGACGGUACCGUUUCGGCCUAAUGGGCCUCAUCAGUGUAGUGCUGAUAAGCAGGAUGAAUAUAUAUAUAUAUAUAUAUAUAUACACCAUACUAUCAUAUUGGGUUUUUUUGCUGCUUAAGGUUGAUCCACGAGGCAGAAAGUGGGAAGAAGCAUUUGGGAAAAUUGUGGAAAAAUACAAUGAUAUUUUGUAUUUGACCAGAACAAAGUAAGAUACUCCUUUUUAGGUUUUUUUGCAUAACUGCAUGCAGUCGGUGGUAUAUAAGUUUCAAUAAUGACCAUGAAUAUCUCCUAUUUACUGAUUUUUAUAAAUAUUUCAGAUGAUCAAAAUUACUAUGAUUUUUUUCAUAAUUAUUUAAUAUAUGACAAAUUUCUGGUCAAUUAACUUAACUCUGUAAAUUAAUGAAGAACUAUACGCACCGUUUUUUCUAGGUUUAGAGAAAUUUCUUCCGACGCCAUUUCUGGCGACGCUUUUCUUCUCACAACUGGUUAUUUAAUUAUUCUUCUUUACGUCAUUAUUAUUCUCGGAAAAUUUACAAGGCUGGAAAUAAAGGUAAUUUAUAAUACGAUGAAUAACAAAGCAUUAAUUAAUGAAAACUUACAAAUUAUCGUAUAUGUGGGAUAUAGCUGAAGGAAUAAAUUUGUUGUUGCAUGGGUGAUUCAUUUUAAUUUGUCUGAACUCUUCAAUAGUCAUAGUAUUUUUCUGCGCGUUGUCUCGAGGUAUACUAAGAAUGUUCAUACAAUUGUUUUGGAUUUUAUCCGCUAGGUAUUGCGAGAUCCCGCUCCUAUUAGCCUGUGAAGCAGACGUCCCGCAAGUUCUCCCUCAAAAACCGUCUGCACGCAGGCUAGCUCCAUAUCGGUGCAUCAUAAUCCAGUACAGAUGUUAAUUAAUAAAUUAAUUAUUUUUGUCUGAUAACAGGAAAAGCCAGCCUCUUGUGGUAAAUUUAUGGUUACUUUCUUCUUGAGGUUACAUUCAUGCUAGUGUCUUGGAAUUAAUGUUUCUUAGCCACCUCGUUCUUGCUUCUUUUACUUUCUCGAAGCUCACUUUGUCAAACUUCCUUGUUUGAAAGAUGUUCUAUAAGUAAAAUUCCUUAUAUCCACCCUCCUAUACUCCUCUUCCUUCUUCAAUCCCACAUUUUAACUCCAUACCACACAAUUACCAUUUAUAAAAGUUCGCCCUACCAUGUUUAAUCACAAUGAGCACUAUAAAGGGCGUCUACGCUCGAUUUAACUAAUUGUAGAAAGGAAAAUUUGAGUGUGAAUUUUAUACGUUUGUUAGACUCAACCAGGAGCAGUGCAAAAAACACAACUAUAGGUCCUCUGCCAUUUUUCACAACUGCUCCGGGAAAGGUCUAGUGGGUGUAUAAAUCUCGUACUCGAAACUUAAUUAAUAAAAACCUAAAUGUUUUUUCUCAUUUUCUCUAUGUAGGCUUGGUUAGCCCUUGGUGGUAUCGUUGGUGUAGGAUUAUCAGUUGGUGUGUCGAUGGCUCUCUGCAGUGCUUUUGGAUUGUUUUAUGGACCAGCUCAUACAACACUGCCGUUUCUUUUACUUGGUGAGGUGUCCACACUAUAGUGAGUUUGGCAGCCGACAACGGCAACGACAUAAAAUUACUUACAUUUGUGUUGCGCGAGCAAAGGCAAAGAUUUCUCAAAGUUCAUUUGCCUCUUAACUGUUUUAUCUUUCUUUACAAACACCAGUGAACUCACAUAAAAUACCUUUAAAAACUUAUUAAUAAUUCAUGAGGCUUAGAAAAGGUUUAUUCUUAAAAUUACUUUGCCAAUUAAUGAAGUCAUGACGAUGGUCGUUUUUUGAGCCAUUUAACACUUGAGCUGCGCUCUCGUAUUUUAUAUCUGAUAAAGCACUCCUGCUCGUAAAUACUACUUCAACGACUUCCAACGUUUUAACUGUUGGCGGGGUGAUGAGCCGUGAAAAUGGUAUGUAUAAAAAAUAUCACCGUUUGAACAACUACGGUGUACUAUAGAAUACUCUAGUGAGGGAGUAAAAUGCUCUUAGAACAAAAUUAUAUUGUUAGUAAUCAUGUUGCCGUUGUGUUUGCCAAACUCUGUCAGUAAUCAUAAUAAUAAUACAGCGAGGCAUAUGUUUCACUUGUCUUUCAUUUAAUUACAUUCAGGAUUUUGGGCUGGUCCUGGUUCCCACCGGGCACACGACGUUGUUUCGACGUUGAAAUUUGGUAGAAAAAAGGUUGUGACGUCGACAACCUAAUAUCUACGUUGCUCUGACGUUGUUUUACAAACAUUGGUUCAACAGCAGCCAACAGACGUUGAAUUAACGGUCAUUCAUGGUUGAAUGUACGACGUCGAUUUGUGAACCAAUCUCAACGUUGUUUUAACGUGGAUUCAACGUUGAAUUAUGGUUGACGAGAUUGGCAACCUAAUUUCAACGUUGUGUCAACGUCGAAACAGUAACGUCGAUCCAAUUUGCAUAGUCAACCCUUUUUCAACGUCUAUCCAACGUCUGGAAGGUCAUUUCCAACGUUGAUUCAACGUUGGAUAAACGUCAUUUUGCCCGCUGGGAUGGUCUAAUAAAUGUAUAAAAUUUACACUCGAAAUUUCCAUCUGCAAAUUUCUUCAACAUUAGUUUAAUCAAGUGCUAUGACCCAUGCCCACAAAUCUUGAUAUUUACCUUGCCAUUGACAUCACCUUAGUACUUAUACAUGAAUUACUUGCAGUUAUUAGAGCGCUGCGCAGGAAUCGCAAGGCCGCAGCUUCGACUCCCGCCAGAGGGUCUAUAUAUCUGCAUUUUUUGCGCCUGCUCUUUAUAGGUCUUAAUGUAAAUGUAUUUAUUUGCAUUCAAAUUUCGUUGCAGGCGCGUCAGAUAUUUUAAUUUCAACUAAUUAUAAACUUAUUCGAUCGCUUGUACAUGAAGUGUGUAUCAAAUUUCUAGGUAUUGGUGUGGAUGAUUUGUUUGUUAUCGUGCAAUCUUGGUCAAAUAUUCCAGCUCAUAUUCAUCACAGUAACAGUGUUGAAGAAAGAAUUGGACUGGCGUUAAAACAUGCGGUACGGAUUGCACGAGAAUCUAAUCUGUAGUUGACAGGAAGCGUUAAAUUAUGUACAGAUUCAUUGUCGUUGUGGUUGCCGUCAGUUUUUGCUGACGUUGAAUUGUUGGUCGUUUUUAUUGUUGUUGUUAGGAAAUUUUUAGAAUUUAAGACAUUCUUGUAAUCUUUGGAUUCACUUGAACUGGAUCAAAAUAGAUCAAUGGUAGAAAGCAACUAAAAAUGUUACACAGAGCGAAUCCGUAAUUGUCAAUCAAUAAGCAAUUAUUGGAUGAGGCUGAGCAUGAUAUCAAGAAUUAUUCAGACCGAGGUCAAUGUUAUCUGCCGAAGCGAAGCUGAGGCGGAUAACAUAGAGCGAGGUCUGAAUAAUUCUUGAUAUCAUGCGAAAGCCGAAUCCAAUAAUUGUUUUAUUAUACAUUUAAAGACAUGAGAAACGUAUAAAACGAUUCCUGUUCAUGAGGUAGGAAAAGUACAAUUUGAAUAUCAAACACCUUGCACAAAGUCAAAGGUCAGCUAAAUAUUAUAUUUCUACUUCUAUUUACCCCUUUGUGGCUUUUUUCGUGCUUUCACUAUCCUUAUCUGCCAAUAAUUUGGAGAGUUCACUUUCAUUCAGCGAAGCAAAUCUGUUGUCGGCCAUUGUUUGUUUGUUUUUUCCCGCGCUUAAACCGCGCUUAUAGGUUCAAGCUUUUGGCCGCGCAAGGGUUUGGGCACGAGAGAGUCCAAUAAUUUUUUUUUUGGAUGCAAGUUCGAUCCAAAAAAACAAUUAUUGGACGCUGAUGACGUCAUCGGCGGAAAAUACGUAAUAAAUGACGAAUACUGAAAAUUAGCCGGUGCUUUCUGACCAAUUAGAAACGAGAAUACAUAUUAAAUGUAUAAUAAUAUGUGUUAUUUUCAUUUCUUAUCCAGGGAUCAUCCAUAACAAUUACGACAUUUACUGAUCUCUUGGCGUUUCUUGUUGGUGGAAGCACGGUACGUAAGAACAUUUUCCUUCCCUUUUUUUUAGAGUUCACAUUAGUACCGAAUGUUUUACGUGAUCUAAAUAUUGUUGUGAAUCUUAGAUGUUUUGCUAGUUAUUGAAAUUAAUGAACAAACUAAACUAAUAAAAUGAGAAAUAGACUUGUAAGGAGCCGUCGUGAUAUGUUUCCAUUUGGUCGCGAUAUCUGACUAAUUAUCUGAUCUGUCAAACAUUAGAUAGCUUAAGAUCUACGACGUCGACGUCAGGUAAGACGUCAGGACUAAGCAGAGAACUGGGACUAGGACGACGUCGUCCUAAAUAAGUCGAUAGCUCAAGUAUCUUAGGGCGGCAAGCGGAAGUAAAUUGGUAAUAGUUUUUGAAGUGUGCAUGUGUCUCUGUCAAUUUGCUCGUCGUCCACCAAACGUUGACAACCUCACAAGAAGAGUUUUGCCGUCGUAAAAUACAACAGCAUAACAAACGCUAAUGGAUUCACACGUCUCUUUUAAAUUCAUUUUCAAAAGGAUAUAAAUAUUUAUAAUUUGAAUGUCGACGUCGUGAAUCUUAAGUGGAAGUUUAUUUAUUUAGGACGACGUCCUAGUCCCAGUCCUCUGCUUAUCCCUGACGUCCUAGCUGACGUCGACGUCGCAAAUCUUAAGCUAUCUAUUGUAUGUGUUCAACAGCAUCACACAUAAAGUGUAUUAUUUUGCAUUUUUAAGAUUCAUGAAGUCCAAAAGCGUUUAAGCGCUAAUUCCAGGAGAAAGCAUUGCCCCUUCAUAGUGGUAACCCAAUAAUGUGUACCCGCAGUGUACCCUUAGAUUGGGAACAUCGAGUUUAUCCUUCAAAUAUAAUAACCAUGCACUAGUAACUUUUUCUCAAUUUACACCCUGUCAGGUUUUGGUAUUAUAUUAUUAUAGGAUUUCAAAAAGAUCAAAAUCAUCUUUUUGAUUAGCAUAUUUUGACUUCACGGCAACAUUCAUUUUCUAGAAAUAUAAUAUCCUAUAGUUUAUUCAAAUAUACCUAUACUAUUAUAUCUAUACCAUGAAUAUGGUUUGGUUUACGAAAUGCUAACGAGUGCUCGAUAUCAUAUAAAUAGAGCAGAUAUAGUUGUUUUACUUCCAAAGGUUGCUACAACAGUCUGUUUCAUCCAAGAGGAAUCAUCAGGUGGCUAAAAAUCUCGAAAAGUGGGCUGCUUAAAUGUUUACGGUAGGAAACGUGGGCGUCAAACAAUACAUGCAUUCCUUCUAUUGUUAUCCUUGCUUAUUUUAAAUAUUUUUGAUGAUCACAUCCGAUUCUUUGUUAGGUUAAAAUUGUUUUGUUUUUCCUUUAAAAUACAGAAUUCCUUCCGUACAAGAAACAGCGAGUUUUAGUAUAUUGACCAAGUUAUGUAUAACUUAGAUUGAAAUCGUGUUUGUUUUCCUCAAAUUAAUUUCCAAAUAUAUUUCGAAUUAUAUUUGUCAAUCCGGCUGAGAAAGUUGUGUCCUAUGUUGGUAGUUUACAUUCUUACUGAAAGGAGGGUUUAACCAAAUGAAGCUGCGUUGUUUAUUUCUACGUUGUUGUUGUGGUGUGUCCUUCAUGUAGCCUAGUUAGUGAUUGAAAUUGCUGGGUCGUAGUGCAUUUUGGUAAAGUGUUGCAUUUUCUCCUGAAAUGUUUGCUCGUCUGAUGAGAGAUGUUAGAUGCGCUUGUUUAUGGAUCCUAGGAGGAUAGUUUGAGUGUCUGUCUAUGUAUAAUGGAUCGUCAUUGGGUCUCCUAUAGGGUUUGUAUUUUCCAUUGCUGAGGUCGAAAGUGACAUCUAAGAAGUUUACCACACGUAAAUGUUUCACAGCUGCUGUGAUUUUUGAGUUAAAUUUGCUGGAAUGUUUCGGGGAGUUAUUUUCUCGUUUUAUCUGCCAAACAUGUUGAUUCAUAUGCACGCCAGGAAAUCGCUACUUUUUAAUAAUGGAAAAAGGUGGACAAAAGAGAUAGCAAGAUUUUAUUUGACGUUACCAUGGACAGCUACGACGGAUCUGAAGUUUGUAAACUUGUAGGCCAUUUCAUACUAAACCAUCCAGGUGAAAAGUUUGGCAAAGAAAACAUCGGGCUGUAAAUGCAGAGACGACGGAUUAGCUAUCAUGAAAAAUAAAUCUUUAUUAUUUUUACAGCACUUUAACUUAAAAAUCACAGCAAAGACAAAUUUAUGUGUAUAGUAAACUUCAUAGCUAGAUGUCACUUUCGACCUCAGCGAUGCAAACAUUCAAACCAUCCUCCUAGCGGCAACUAUCUAUAUCCAUGAAUAAGCGCAUCUCGCUUCUCUCAUCAGACGAGCAAACAUUUCAGGAGACUGCACCUCUUUACCAAAAUGCACUACGACCCAGCAAUUUCAAUCACAAACUAGGCUACAUGAAGGAAACACCAUAAUAACCACGCGGAAACAGGCAACGCAGCAUUAUUUGAUUUAACCCUUUUUUCAGUAAGAAUGUCAAAACCAACAUAGGACGCAAUUUUCUCAGCCUGAUUGACAAACAUUUUUCGCCUUACCACGAACUUCACAAAAUUUUUAACAGAACACAGUUAAGGUCAGUCACAGUUGCAUGAACAAUGCGAAGCCCAUCAUUAUAGCCGACAUAAUGCACGCAUAAUUAGGAGAAGCAACAGAGCAAAGACGCAACUGUCACAACAAGCAACACAAACAGUAUAAGGCACUACAUUGGCAUGACAGCAAGACAGCAAACAGCUUUAAAGAGCGAUACCGAAACUACAAUAGGUCUUUCAAUCUCAAACGACACAGAACUUUCGAAAUAUAUUUGGAAAUUAGAUGUAAUUUGUAUAAAGGAAAAAAUAAACAAUUUUUACUUAACAGAAAAUUGGAAAUAGUUCGACAUAUAGUUAUAAAAAGAAAGUUCUAGUAAACAAUAAAAACAAUGGAAGGAAUGCAUGUAUUGUUUGACGCCCACACGUCCACGUUUCUAACUGUAAACAUUUAAGAGCCCACUUUUCGAAAUUUGUCAGACACUUGAUGAUUCCUCUUGGCACAAUUCACCGUCGUUUUUGAGAUUUUGUUGUUUAAUAUUUCCAGAUCAUUCCUGGACUUCAGUCUUUCUGCUUCUAUGCAGCUUUAGGUAUGUUUUCAACAAUAGCUUGUUUCUUUUCUGCAUGUAUAGAGUAUUCCGCAUUUGACUUUGUUCUUAAUUUAAAACGCAUCGGUAUUAUCAAAGUAUUCACUUGCUUAGUUACAGUAAGUCUUGCUUAUAUGUACAUAUAGUAAUACCCAAUGUAUCUUCCUUAGAAAAGAUAUUUACAUCAUGGAUCUCUACACUUGAUUAUGCUGGACUCUUACUUUUGAUUAUAAGAAUAUGUUACCCACCCGGAAAAUCGUUCGUGCAUGGAUACAAUACGUUUAUCUACUGUUACUCAUUUUAUCUUUCAGGAAUUUUUUGCGAUUAUAUUUUGCAAACAACAUUUUUCGUAGCUUGGCUAUCAAUUGACGCCAGAAGGUAAUGAUGUCUAUAUGCAACACAUCAAUAGUAUUGUAUUGAAAGUGACAUCCACCUUCAAAAAAAAUCUGCCGAGAUCCGCAUGUUAGAUGUGGCGCCAGCCUACUGUAAAAGCAACCGUAGAAUAAGUUACAGAGCCCUGGUAUGCAGGUCUGCACAAGUCUGUUUGAUUUUAAUUGUUUUUUUUUGUUUUUUUGGGGGGGGGGAGUUGUCAUACUUUUUCUUUUCUCUUCUUUUCCUUUUAUCUCUUCUUUCUCUUUUUUCUCAGGUGGACUAGCUAUGGAUAAUUUUCUUGUUCUUUCCUAGUCCUUCCUCACUAUACUAACUUUACAAACUUUAACUCUCAAUUUUAUUUGUUUAUAUUAUUAUUCCUUGCAAUGCUUGUUAUGCUAUGCUAUAUGUUGUCAUGGAAAUUGAUUAAAUUAAUAUAGUUUUUCAUGAUAGCAGCUUUGUGUAUUCCAUAUUGUUGAAGCCUAAUUCUUGCAGAGCAAUAUUGCCAAUGGAACAAUUAGUCCAUAUUCCAUUUAAUAAAGCAAUCUUUGUUUUUAAAAAAAAUCUGCGCUUCAGGAGUGACAAGCGACGAGAUGGUUGCUGCUGCUGUUGUAUCUUACCUCAAGACUACAAACCCAAUGAAUGUGGAGAGAAAAGUUACUUACAAAGAUUUUAUGAGAAAGUGGUGGGAAAUGUCGUAGUAAAAUUACCAGUAAAGGUAUUUAAAUCGAACUAAAAUUAUAUUGCAUACAUUUAUGUCUCAAUUCGAGCAUCCCACCUGCAGUGGUAACUAGACCGAUAUAUAGCAGAGCACCAUUCUCGGCUGGCAUAUUGGAGUGUUUCGUGAAGUUAAUCAUGAAAUGUUGCGAAUCUAUUUCGUAAGGACGGGUUCUCCAUGAACUCCUGCGUUCUAUUAAUAUUCAUUUUUUACAUACUGAUAUAGGCUCGAUAAUUUUAGCACUUAUAAAUAGCGAGCCUGUAUGAACGUUGUAAGGCCGUUGGAAAAGGAAAUAUACACCGUUUUUUGGGCGUUUGCGUUGGCAUUCUUUCAUUCCUGCCUUGUCGCCGAUUAAGAAACAUAUUCAUCACCCCAAUGAACUUGUUUGUCAGCUUUUGCUCAUAUAAAAUACAGCUCAAAAAAGUAUCUGUUUGGCUACAUUCACCUGCCAGAAAUACUAUAACGUAUAAAAAUGUACUUAUUACACUUGUUUUUAUGGAAAACACCGUCAAUCGACCGGCCAUUUUGCCUGAUUUUCAAAACACACGUGAAUUAAUUGUUUAAUCCUGGUGGAAUUAAGUCAGAGACAGCAAACGUAUCCAUAUUAACCCAAGCUGUUUUAAAACAAUCAGGAAAUUGAAAAUUGGCUAAACUUCUUCACUGAAACAGCUGACAUAAACCGGCAAGAUGGAGCCCAAUAACACUGAAUGACGUCAUGUGAAACCAAAAAUAUAUUUUAUUGUACAUUAACUGUUCAAUUUUAGUUGGUCAUUUUCAUUGUCGUUGGCGGGCUUCUGGGUGUGAAUAUUUAUGGUACAACACAACUAAAACAACAAUUUGAACCAAAAUGGUUUCUUCCAACUGGAACAAUUGUGAGAGAUUACAUGGAUUUAAAUGAUGAGGUACUUCUUCCAGACUUCGAAAUAUAAAAAUGUAUUCAUAAUUAUACACCGUAAUAAUUGUUCAUGUGGUAACUAAACCCAGGCAUGUUAUAGAUAGAAAACAACUCACAUGCAGAAAAACAUGCUGUGAUGCUGGCAUAGCCAGUUUGUUAACAUGCCCCCGAUAAUUUUUUCUUACUUUAGCUUCUGUUUCGUCUUCAUUAUGCUUAAAGAAAAUGUCGGCAGAUAAUAAAAAUGAUGGCUCAUGUAAUUUAUCCAACAAUUAUUCCGUGCAUGUGUGUUACUUUAAAGAACUUUGUAAGUUGCGCCACGAAAUAUUGUCUCGUGCAUGGUUAUGAUGAAAUAUUGUCAUGUGCCUGCAAAUAUAAAAAUUGCCUGGAAAAUUAAUAUAUAAUGUUUAUUUUAUAGAAUUUCGUUCAAGGUGGACAACCAAUUGCUUUUUAUACAGGUGAGGUCCUUAGGAUCUUGAACAUUUUCCAAUGAAACUGAUCAGUCCUCAACAGGUUCACCACCUGCAUCUACGGCGGAAGUAACUAUAUCGACAUUUUUGUUUAGUAAUUAUUGACAUUUUUUUAUACAGAUGGUUUGUUCCGCUACCGUUACCAUUAACCAAUCAGAUAUGAUUAAGCAAUCAAACUUGUAUUAACCAUGUCAGAUGUAGUUGUACUGGAAGUCAAAUCUUAACCUCUCUAAUCAAAUAUCUCUGGUAUUGCAUGGUUAUUUUUUUUCUUCUUACAUGCACAUUUAGGUUUUUUGGUUUUGGUUUUGUCUUGUGGUAUUGCAUUGGUAUCGGGUUUUCUUUUCAUUGUUAAUUGCAGUGUCUGUUACUUACGAGCACAGAAAUCAAUGAAUAUUUAAAGUCAAUUCAUAAAACAUAGAGAAUAAAAUAGAUUUGAGAUUGGCCAUCAAAUUGACAACAUAUAUUUCAAAUUUUAAAGGAUCAAUCAACUAUUUCGAGGAACAAAAGAUGUUGCAUAAACUUAACAAAGAUUUACAAAGUGAGACUGAGUACUUGUCAAGUAAUACCAUCGAAGACUGGUAUGAAAGCUACAUUGAAUGGGCGAACAGAACCGUACCACAUUAUCUUAAUAAUGCAAGUAAGUACUUACAAUGAAAACAGCGAAUCAAAAAUAUAUGUAUUGGCAUCUUAAUAACUGAUGUUUAACGGAUGGGGAGAUUGCAGUCUAUCUCAAUCCAUCCUAACAAACCCAUUCCGACACUAUUUAUGUGAUAGAACUGUUUUGAAACUAACACGGAGAAAGUAAAGCAGGAGGCAUCAGAUGGAAAAUCCAGAUAUAUUGAGAAUGAUUGUAACCGACAGUUUAAAACUUUUCGAAAGAUAUUUUGCUGAAAUAACAACUCUUGGACUGAUAACGCAUAUCAUCAAGGAGUUACAGCUACUCGUUCAAGGAACCGACAUAAAUGUUUUGAGAAUGAUAGACAAAUGUACCGAAGUGGGAGUACGUUCAUAUACAUUCGUUGAAACAAAUCGAGGACAAACCCCAAAACACUAAAAUUAAUAAACAUUUUAUUCAUUGUUGUUGUGCCUGCUAGACUCUGUCGGCUGCCGGGCGAGAUAAGCGCAGUCGUCUCAUAAUUAUGCCACUUCUAAUUCGGGUUAAUUCUAAUAAAGUUUUCAUUAUUAUUAUGAUUAUAACUUACAUCUCAUCUUUGAUGUUCCUGUAGGCUUAACGGUCGAGCCUGAAGUUCAAUUUUACCAACAAUUAAAAGUAUUUCUGAACAGUUCAAGUGGAAAUCGUUUUAUUGAUGACAUCAAAUGGAAUAAAAAUGCAGAUAAAAUUGUGGUAUGUUAUAUAAAACACUUUUAUGUACAUUGCGGUUAAUAAAGAAAGUACAAGUUAAGAAAUUUCUCAUUUCUUAAUAGAUCUUCGUUUAGUGUGGCAACAGUAAAACUUGUAUAUAAUGUAACUGCCAGUCGCUGGACACUUAAUUGAUGCACAUGGCAGCUGCUUAAGUCGAGACACAGUAACUAAAUAUUCUAAAAUGGUGUCUAUCAUUAGUAAGUUUAGAUCAUACGGAGCUAUAAAUUUUCAUAUUUGAAUAACAUUUGACGUCUCCCGCAUUAUAAUAACUCCUUAAAAACUGUUUAUUAGGUGCGGGACGUCUAGCAAUUUUUGCUUCUAGAAUUUUCGAUUUUUCAUUUUGGCGAUUUUGAUUUGUUAAUGAGUAUCGAUCACGUGAUAUAUAUAGGGCUUAGUUUUUUUUGGAAGCUCAUGAAAAUUAAAAGCUUGCAUCAUAAGAAAGUCUAACUCAAGUGAAAAAAUGUCGGUAUCCGGUAUCGCCAUCCGCCAUUUAUUGGAAAAUUCCCUGUCUAUUUUACCAUGGGUCAUAAAAACACUCAGGAAAGGAAACUCAUCAUCACACAUGAUGUUUUCAGAGUGCUAAUUGCGUCAAAGCCUUGUUUAAAAUUAUGUCAUUAAUAAAUCCAAAAUAAUUUCACGUUUAGAAAUAAUAUAGCUGAACAUUUUGGUAAAAUAACGCAAGAAUUAUACCACGGCACUCCACAAUAUUGUUGGUCACUUUCAGGGAACAUAUAAUUUAUCAAGUAUUAGACGGUGAAAUACGCGUCACAAAUUUCAAUUAUACAGCAAUAUUUUUUGUGAUACCAAUUUGUUGAUUACGAAAGUAUUACACUGGAAAAUAAUUUGAAAAUCCAUAGAAGGUCAUAGAAUGGAAAUUUUAUGGACCUUUAUUGGAAAUAGAAUGUAUUUUGAUUAUCCAUAAUAACUGUAUAUUUCCAUACUGAUAUGGAUUUAGUGGUGUAAUUGAAAUUUCAUAACAUGGUUUCACAUAUUUUUCCCAGUGUUAGAAACAAAAACAAAAACAAAAACAAAAACAAAAACAAAAACAAAAACAAAGACAAAGACAAAGACAAAGACAAAGACAAAGACAAAGACAAACAUAAUUUACCUCGAAUACACUUUGCCAUGACACAGGCAGGUUUGAAAGACAACGAAACCAUUUUGAAUCUCAAUAUAUAGCUACUUCAAUGCGAAAAAUAUAGGAAAAAUGGAAGAAAGACUCAGUAAACAUUACUGUAUUUGUUUUAUUUGUGACAUCACGAAUUUCAAAUAGGUCACUUCUGCUGGCGUCUGCUGUCUAUUUUCCAUUUUUUAAAGCUAUAUAUAUAUCUAAAUCCAUGGUUUUGAAAUAAUGACGAGGGAUUUAAUUGUAGAAGUAAAUAAGUUACUGGUUAGGUCAAAGUCAAGUAUAACAGAAUAUUAGAUAUUAUAGGGACUUUAGAAGAAAGCCUUACAAAGAGGUCCGUGUAAAAGCUAACGUACUAUAGAAUCAUGGGCGCGUGGCUAUGGGUUGCUGUGCGUGGGUUGUUUUCCUCGCUGAUCUCAAAUAUAGCGGACUGUCAUGAAUAGCGAACAGUGAUUGGUCAAAUUUUAAAUUUGCAUUACAACGACUGCAUGACGACAGCGAAAUAAAAACAUUUCUUGUAAAUAAAUUUCAUUCUUGCAAAAUUUUGUAAGUUCAGUAAAAUGCUUUCCGAGAAAAAAAAAAUUCGAAAAACUUUCUAAGUGAAGGGAGCAAAGACACUGAAGGUAAGAUUGUUUUAAAUAUUGAUAUAUGGUUUGCUUAUAAUUGCUUUAAAAGCUGAUCGUUGCGUAUAAUGAAUAAAGAGUAUAAUUUCAGUGUAUAUUUGUUGAUUAUCCUAUUUUAUAAUAUUAAUAAAAUGUUAUGUUGACAUUGGGAAGCGAUUGUUAUUUACGCCGAAAGCAGUGGAUAUAUAAAUACACCCUGUUUAGUUCCAUGCAUUUAUAAAUAAAGACUAAGUACCCCUUAAUUAUAUUGUAUCUAUGUGAUGUAAUUAUUACAGUUUUACUAAAAAUGCCCGCAAAUGAUUAACUGUACAAAUAUGUAUCUGAAACAUAAUGCCAUGAUACCUGGUUCUAAUAAUAUGCCUGCUUUGUGUUUAUCUCAACUUUGGAAUAUCACCGCUAUUUCCUUGCAACAAGAAGAGGUUAUACUGAAUUUACACCCUCGUCAUUUUCCUUGCACUUUUUACUAGAGCUUCGUGAAGACAAAAUCAUUUCCAGUCCUUCGAGAACAAGCCGUAAAUACGCGGACGUUUGACCACUUUGUUUCUUAAUUAAUUAAAUUAAACCGAAAUAUUUAUCUUACUUUAUUCAAUCAAUUUUUGCAUGCACACGUCAAGACACACAGGUAAUAUAUGUAAUAAAUUGAAGUUUAAUGAGGCUUUUUGUGAAGAUGCUUUAUGAUAAUACGUAGAUACGACGUUGUAAUUUGAAGGCUAUUGACGGUCAGUAGCCUAAUUCUAAUUAAAAUUUCGUACAUAAACACGACACUCGAUGGAAUUGACGAUCGCACGAUGGAAUUGACGUAUCCUAUCAACUUGAUUUUUAUAUUUGCUGUGAACAUAUUGUUCUUUUUCUCUGGAAUAUCUUUAAAUUCCUUGGUCAUAAUCAGUUUCUGGAGGUCUACACAACUUCGAAAGAAAUUAUGUUAUUUCAUGAUAAUGGUUUUGUCUUGUUGCGAUUUGAUUGCGGUUUUAACUAAUCAUGUAUUGCUGCCUCUGAUCACAGUGCUAUUGUUGACUGGGAAAUUUAGUGUAUACCCUAGCUGGGUGAAUAUUUCCUUACGUUUGUCAUCUACUUUCCCAGGAUUUUCUUUGCUCGCUCUUUUGGUAAUGAAUUUUGAUCGAUAUUUGGCGACAUCUUAUCCUUUCUUUCAUCGAACCUCGAUUACGAAGCGAAGGCUUGUAACUCUUCUGCUAAUACUAAUUAUUCUGGAAGUAACUUUGGCACUGAUAUCUGUAAACGACUUCAUUAUUUCCAAUGAAGUUUAUGCUUUAAUUUGUUUUGUUAUUGUUUUUUCUCCGAUGUUGUUUGUCAACUACAAGCUGUUCACAAUCGCCCAGAAAAGCCGUAGAAAUGGUCUAUCAUUUGGGAUGAAAAGUUUUCUUUGAAAAAUGUAUCGAGUCGCUUGCUAGCAGUUGCUUGUUUUUUGGUACCAUCCAUUCCACUAUUCGUUUACAUCGGGAUAAAAAGAAAUUCGAAAAGGAAAACAUUUACUUUGGAUCAUCUAAACCUUCUGCAACUGUGGAUAAGAACCAUGGGCCGGUGCAAUGAAUGGUACGUUUAACUGCUUAAUCUUUUACUGGAGAAACAAGAUUUUACGCACCGAGGGAAUGAACGUUACUUAUUAAAGGCUUGAAGUUAUGUGCAAGAGUCCGAUCCCAGUCUCAUCAUUAACUUUUAACUUUUGAACGAAAUUAUAUGUAUGGAUUGACCAUAAAAUUUUGACUUUUCUCUAGACCGCGAAUUUAUCAUGGUUUAAUAACAAUAUAUAUACCCUUGCUAUAGAGAACGUACAGUUAACUGUAGGUAGUAAUUUAGACGCGUGUGAUCGCAAGUUGCACAAAGGAAAAAAUAUACAAGACCAAGACAAGAAAAAAAUAAAUAGUUCACUCAGAAGAGUUAAGAAGGAAAGAAAACAAAUUCAGUUUAAGGCUCAAAAGAUGAAUUACCGUCCAGUUUUUCUUGCUACAACCAUUCUGAUAAGCGAAAAAUCGUCCACAAAUCAACUUACUGAGAAACAUGGAGGACAAACCUCGGCGUAAAUUCGUCCAGAAAUGUCGACGUUUGAAAACAAACGUGAACUUUGAAAGUUCUGGUUGUAUUAUAUUCUAUGACUGGAGGACAUACAGUAUACAAAUAAUGAAUGUUUAUGAGUGCAAUGGUAAGAAUAUUUUCAUGAGGUGAAAGAUGGAUUGUUCCAUUCAACGAGGCGACAGCCGAGUUGAAUGGAACAUCCCAUCUUUCACCGAAUGAAUAUAUUCUUGCCAUUGCACCAAAAUACAUUCAUUAUUUGUAUACUGUAUGUCCUCCAGUCAUAGAAUAUAAUACAAUUUGAGGGAUGCGAUUUAUCGAAAACACAAAGAGUGCAAUUGUACUAUAGCCUACGUUUUAUUCCAUUGCACUCGCAGAGAGUGCAAUGGAACGUAUUCCAUUGCACUGUUGGGAAAUGGAAUUUUCUAUUCAAUAUCACGUGACAUAAACAGCCAAUUAAACGAUCAGAAUUCAAUAAGGUAUUAUAUAAUAUGUACUCAACACUGUGCAUGACGUUAUCAGUGCAAUAGUGCAACCUUGCGACCUCAACAAGGUUCGGAGUCGAACGCAUUGUGGAACAAUCUCUCUCCGCCAUAUUUACGAGAUCACCGCUAUACUUGCGCCCGCGAAACCGGCUUGCUGUUGGAUUGCGGUUGGAUAAAAUGCAAACUUGAAUGAAAUAGAAACUUGAAUGUGGGGUGCGAGCAGUCGAAUAAGAUGAAAACUCGAAUGUAAAAUACAAACUUGAACAAAAUACAAACUUGAAUGUAGAAUACAAAAAGUCCAAUGAAAUGAAAAAUGUUCAACAUAAAAUACCAAAGUUGAAUUUUGGCGGAUAUUUGACGCCAUAGUUUACAACUAUUGCAGGAUUUUUGGAGUUGCUAUACGUGUUUAUUUUGUCAUUCUUCUUUUGUUAUGGUAUAUGCAUGCUAGAACAAUUCACGUUCCACUGUUCACUUCCAACUCCAUGAAUAUUUGUUAAAUGUUUUAUGAGAACUAGAUAUGAAAUAAGUCAAGAGAUAUAAUGAGAAAUUUAAGACACGAUCAGGAAUUGCCACCACAAAUUGAAAGUUAAGGAGAGCUAGCUCAUCUUAACUGAAAAUGCGUAGAAUGUGCAUGCUGACGUGUACUGAAUAUUAAUGAGGAAAUUUUCAAAUUAUUUCAAGAUAUAGCUAACAAUGCCAACAAUGCCAUACAAUGAUGAGAGUUGAUAAGGUUGACUGUAUAUUAGGGACCUUUAGAUUGUUUCAUCGACAUUUAACCGCUAACCCCAAACCGUGGUUUGAUGUCUGCCGUCUGUCGUUUGCCGUUUAACAUAUAUUGUGCGCCGUAUCACACACAAAACAUAAAAAAUGCAACAUGUAAAAAUAUGGCGGUCGUGGCCAGUGAAUACACAAAGCACAAGGAGUACUUGAAUUUCGGUGUAUAAAAGCCGCACGGAAUACUUCAUAAUCCUCAAAAAUAACUUACUGUAGAUUUAAAGAUAAAAAAUACACCAAAUAAACUAAACCAUAUAACAACGUGAGAUUAAUCGCUCUCAAAGAACUAAAAUCUUGCGGAAAAUGAACUACGGGAAAACGUGCCUCAGUCGUCAAAAACGUGUAAAAUAUACGGCAAACGCAACCGCUAGACACAGAUACGUGGUUCCCUGGGGUUUGCGGUUUGACGUUCGAGCAAAAAAACGAUCGAAAAUCUGAAUGUCUCUAUUCAAAUUUUAACAAGCCCAAAAGUGAUGAAGAGUUGAAGUCUUAUUAUUUCGGGUUUAAUGAAAAUGAUCUAAAACUCAUUAGAAGAGUUGUGGGAAGCUAUAUCUUUCUAGUUAGGUAGAUAUUUGCUUGAUAGCAUAACUAAUUUAAUUAAACACGUAAUGAUUUAUUCGUAAGGAAUGUGACAGAUGAAUUCAAAAUUAAAUUCGGGAAAUGCUCUAUCCUGUCCUAGUUUUGAGAUCAGUGACUCGACGUGAGUCAAACGCGAGCGAGAGUUGAAACUCUCAUUAAAAUUCCAAGGAAAAGAGGAUCUUCUUACAUGCACAAAUCCCCGGCUGCAUGUAAAGAAAAGCUUUUCACCUAAUCGGUCUAUAUCAGACAAAAGUUAAUCUUCGUCUUUUGAUAGUUAGAGCUAUUAUUUAGAUUAUACCAUUGUUCAUGAUAUAUUUAGCAGUUUAGUUAUACUUAGAUUGUUGUUGUUCACAGGGCCGUAGCGAAGAGGAGAAAAAGGGGGGGGGGGUGUAGUAUCAAUUUGACGACAAUAUUUCCGUCGUCGCUACUUAAUAUUUUUUCCCUAAAAUUGUUGGCGAGCGCAAAAAUUUUGCCGGACAUACAAAACUUUUCCCGGACAUACCAAAAAUUUUUCGGACACACCAAAAUGUGUCAACUUUCUGCGUAAUUUUAGUGAAUUUAGCUAAAUUUUUGCUAAUAGUAUUACUUUUUCAUCCGAGCCACUCUAAUAUUUUCGCUGCUUACGGAAACGAUCUGCCGAUAAAACCGUUAAUUUGCCGAAAAGACGUUUUCAUGGGGGUGUCACACCCCUCACACCCCCCCGCCCUAUAGCUAAGGCCCUGGUUGUUCAGUUAUGCGACAUUAACAUUUCCCCCGGGACAUUUUGACUGGAUAGUAAAAUCUAAACUUUAUUGUGGGUGGAGAGCGAUUGGAUCGAAUUUGUGCCACUCGAGGUUCUACUUGCAAAAUAUUGAUACUCGGGAUAAACUAACGGAUACCUUGACAAAAGUUGUAGCCUGAGCAUCAGGAUCUCUAUAUUACAAAUAGAGCCUGGCAGAAACCUUAUAAUCUGGUCGCUCUCCACCCACAGCAAAGUUUAAUAUUCUGUAUGUAUAAUGUCAAUUUCACAUAACUGAGCAACAACAAUAUCUAGUUAAAACUGCGAAUAAUAGUAUAUCUAAUAAGUAAUGAUCGAUCAAAAGACAUAUUAAUUUUUUUGAAAUGAAAAACCAGAUUUUGGCUUUCUUACAUGCGGCCAGACAGGGAUUUAUGUCAGUCCCUCUUUUCCCUUCCAUCCGCCCGAAUUUAAGAAAGGGAAAACAAGGGCCUGACACUGAGGCUACAACAGUUGUGGCAUUCGCAGUUAUAUGGCAGAUAGCCGGACAUACACCAAAGAGAUAAGGCAUUUAGCUAUGUCUUCGCUGAUCCGCAUAUAUUCUCUCGUAGGCAACGCGAAUCCGAGCUUUCUUGAAGACUCUGACGGAAACUAAAGAUCAUGUUAAAGCGAUGGAUAAAUUCAGAGAUAUAAUAGAAAGUGUUGGCUUCAGUUCAGAUCCUAUUGUUUACAACAGAUUGAUAUUGUUUGCUGAAAGUCACAAGGUAAAAUAUAGUUUAUGUCUAAAAUGAGCAGUUUGGCUCAAAAAUAAGUGUUUUUAUUAACACAUGUACGUAGCAGAUACUACGAAGUUUGCACGAAAAAUUUUGGUGUUGGUUAGCACUAAUUAACUCCUUCAAAUAAUCGAAAAAGUUUUAUUCCCAAGUUUGCACUCAGCACUACAGUUCUAAUCUGUCACUUGCAGUAGUAAAUAUUACCAAGCAGGAGGCGAUAAAUUUGUUUGUUUAACAAAAUGAAAGGUUUGUAUCACAUCUGAUUGAAGUGUAAUGACUAUUGUUCGGUAAAUAACUCAACCGUUUUUCACAAUACAAUGGAAACUGAUAUCUAAGAAAAAGUAUUUUUCAUUUUCAGGUUAUAGCUGAGGAACUUUUCAGAAACAUUUUACUUGCCAUGGCUGUUGUUUUUGUCGUUACCUUGGUGAUUAUUGCAAGUCCCAUGACGUCAGUCCUUGUUUUCCUUUGUGUUGUUUUUACUGUGGUAGGUAUACCCUUUAUUCCACCUUAUUUGAACUCAUCCACUAUUUUAUUGCUCAAUUACCUCAAUAUGAGGCAGGCAUGUAGGAAGCAAGGACGCCAGGGGCCGACUCCCACCCCAAUAAUUGAAUUUUAAAAUAAUUGUGCUGAUCGGGCAGUAAAUAAUAUUAAUCAUCCAUCCUGAUUAACGGAUAGCAUAUAUACGUACUAUAUACGUACUAUAGGCUAUUAAUACUUUAUAGUUUAAAAACUUACAAAUUUGUAUACUUUGCCAUCAUUCAUUUACGUCAUUACGUAUAUUAUUAUUUAUACUCAUUACGUCCGUAUCCGAACUGAUGUAAUAAUUUCACUUUAGGUGGAUGUAAUUGGACUGAUGUAUUUCUGGGAUUUGACUAUUGAUACAGUAUCAACAAUAGUUAUAAUAAUUGCUAUUGGUUUAUCAGUGGAUUACGCAUCUCAUGUUGGACACACGUUUUUGGUUAAAUCUGGAAGUCGUAAAGGUACAACUAUCGAUAUUUCCGAACGUUCAUUCAAUCAUAUGAUAGACUAAAAGCUUUGUGAGAAAAAUAAGCGUGGCAUCAUUUAAUUUUCACAAAAAGAAACAAUUACGAACAUCCAAUCAUUGCCAAUAUAAAACACAGAACAGUGAUUCCAAAAAAGAAGAUUUUUGAAAUAGUUUACCAUUCUACUAUGUUUUAGUCAUUAUCAUGAUGAUGACUUUUAAACAUAAUUUUUCAAUUUAUCAUGAUGAGGAACAUUAAAACAUAAUUUUUCAAAGGGAAGCUUUCAAAAUGAACCCUAAAACAUGCAGAUGUUCCUUUCUGUGACUGAAACAAAAUGUUCAUUCUCGGAAUUCCCGUUGUGAUUUUGUAUUUUGUAAAAAUACUCGGUGGUUCUUGACUUCUUGUGAUUCUUGUCAAUAUACUUCGAUCAGUAUUCUCAGAAAAAAUUAAUAAAAAAUAAAUAAAAAAUUAAUAUUGUCCCAGAACAUUUACUCAUAUUGUUUAUGCAAUAAUCAAUAUAUAUGGGAUCCAUUGUAUAUCUUUGAGUAUACACAAUUCACCAAACAGAUUAAUAUAUAAUAAGGUAAGGAUAAAAUAUUCUUGAGUAAGAAACCGCGACCUUCGAAUUAUUAGAUCAAUGCUCUACCAACUGAAAGUGAGCUACACGAUCAGGACGGAUUGAAUCUGACUGGCAGUUAUGACCUAUAUGCUAAUUGUCAUAAACAUACUCCUUCACAUGAGUUUUCCCACACGUUCAAGUGCUAAUCUAGACAAUGCUGUAUAUAAUAAUGCCUUCUUCUCAGUUGCAAAAAGUGUUCAACCUCCCUCGGGGUAAUUAUAAAAGUUUAGGUUUUCAAACAUUCCUCAAAAUAAUGUGAAUUAUGGCGUUUUCAAAUUGCAAAACAUAUAAAUUAUGUCAUUCAAAAUCUGUCUUGUAUUCCUAUUUCCUACGGACUGCUAUUUAGGAUUGAUCUGCUAUUUAGCUGGUUAAUUGCAUUGUACUUGCAUACAAAUAAACAGUACAGGCUAGCAUACAGAAAAGCGAUCACCAGAAAGUGGAGUCCUCAUCGACCUCACGUAUGGUGAACCUUCUUCACUGGCGGUACCCGCAUACCUACACGCAGCUUUUUAGUUGUUUUUUUGUUUUCUCCACCAAACCAGGAUUAAGAACGUGUAGGACCCUCCCCUUGUUCUUUGCUCGUGAAUUCGGAAAUGUCAAAUAUAUACAAAUGAGGGUCUCCCAGGGGGGGGGGAGGGUGCGUGUUCCCUUCAAAAUUUUCGCUUUGAUCCCUUGCUCCCUUCCAAAAUUUAACCAUGCUCGCUUGUUCCCCUUUAUAAAUUAAAAAUUUUGUUUCGUUACUCAGAAAAUUUGACAGUUUAUCCUCGCUAUCAUCCAUUAUAUUGAUACAUACGUUCACUUUAACAAAAUUAAACAGAAAAAUACAAUCACAAGCCUGCAGAUGUUGCUCAUUUGAAAAAUACAAUACUGAAGAAGACUAUAAUGUUAGUUAUUUGACUUCAUGGAAGUAUUGACAGUAUUACUAUUACAAAACAAAAAAUAGAUCUAAUGAACAGCAUUGCAUUUAUAGUUUAGUACUCAUGUUCCGCACGGUAUUCUGUGGGACAAUUUGGCCAUACUUCAUGCGCCAGUCUUUCAUUUGCUGCACUUUUGACUUUGUCAACUGUACUGCUGAAGAUGGGACCAUCUUUGGCAGAGGUAAAUAAUACUUCAAGUCAAAUUUGACUUGAAGUAUUCAAGUGCUCCUUCAUUGCUCGACUGAAGUGAAAGUCGAACUGCAACUGCAUUGGUAUAUCACAUGCCCUGCCCUCAUCUCGGAGAAACAAAUUCUCGACUACCAGCGUCAAAAGGCUUUUAAGUUUGAACACCUUCAAUAGCUGUGGAGCAUACUUUUGAAGCAGACCUCGGAUUUCUCCCAAAGAUUCUUGUUUCGUCUUCCACAACGACUGAAGAAACUUAACGUUUCCUUGCAGACCUUGGCUCUGGGCAUUUGUCCUAAGGAAGGCUUUGACUUAUGCAUGCACUGACAAUCAAAGUCAUAUACCUCUUCGAUUCUGGUGACUGCUGCGUCGACUGUGAAGGGCGUUGCCGUUGGUAUCUGCUUUUUCAGGUGCAAGCAAAAUGUGACAGAAAACUCAUGAUGGCUGCUCAAAAAUCUGACUAGAGGAGGAACUUCAACUUAUUAUCCUCAAGCAGCCCGUAGAACAGUCUACCACAACUACACCCAAUGGUUGGACAAAUUCAGCACUCUUUCGAUCCCUCAUUCCCUUGCCAUUUUCAGAAUAAUGAAUGCAUUCAGUGCGAUUUGCUCGCCGGCUCAACAGCAGGAAAGGAAGGUACUUCAUCUAGCAAGCGCAAGUGCAAACCCGACUUCAGGACGUCAGGCGCAAAUCCGAAUUCAGGAAGGUCAUUAAUGUCAGAAACGGGCAAAAACUUCCCAGGAAGAUCAGGAAAUGAUAUAUUAUGCACAUUUUUCAUCUACAAUACGUUAGGCCAUUGUAUAACACUUGUAUACAUUCUAGGAAAGGGGCUUUGUUCCCCUGUUCCCCAAUAUAUUUCGUGUUCCCUUGUUUCCUAAUUUUGUUUUCCUUUGUUCCCGUGUCCCCAUUGUAAAAUUUACAGUAUUCCCUUGUUCCCCCAAACCCCUGGGAGACCCUCACAAAUGAAUAUAUCAAUUAUAAUUCAACACUUUUUAGAGAGAACAAUAAAGACGUACCGCGAUAUUGGUCCAGCGGUAUGGAAUGGUGGUUUCAGUACAUUCUUAGCAAUUGUGCCAUUGGCCACUUCUCAAUCGCAUAUUUUCAUCACAUUCUUUAGGGUAAGACUUAU